CACAUGAUUGCAUCACUUACUUUAUGGGGCCUUUGAGUGAUGGUGGUGACGGGGGAAAUGCAUUGUGGGCUGGUAUUUGAAAUAGAGCCCAAUCAAAACUUUCUGAAUCUUUCUAGGGUUUUCGAGCCUUUUUUUGUUUUAUUCAGUUUAUGCAAACAAAUCAAAAGAUGAAUCAGUUUGGGUUAUUUGAAAGAUGGCGGAAACGAUACGUACAUCAGAAAAACCUUCUAAUUCCUCCUCGUUGAAUCCUCCUUCCCGUAUCAUCUGCCAUGUGUGUCAGAAGCAAUUCUCGCAAUACACUUGCCCUCGAUGUAACUCCCGCUACUGCUCUCUUCCUUGUUACAAGUCUCAUAGCAUUCGCUGUACCGAAUCAUUCAUGCGAGAAAAUGUAGUCGAGGAGCUGCGCCAUCUUCAAUCUGACGAUCAAACUAAACGGAAAAUGCUUGAAAUUCUGAAACGUUUCCAUUCCGAGGACGAAACCGAACCUUUAGAUGAAGAUGUUGAUGAUUCAAUUCUUUCGGAUGACACUAUUCAGAAGAUUUUGUCAGGAGGUGAAGUUAAUAUCAAUGAUUUAUCCCUUGAAGAGAAGAAACGGUUCCAAAGAGUUUUGGCAUCUGGAGAAUUGAGUAAGAUGAUUGAGCCGUGGGAUCCUUGGUGGUUAAAGCCUGCUGCCAGAACAAUCUGUUUAAGCAAGGAUGGAGCUCAACUUAUACAACCUAUGGCCAAUCGAGAAGAUCUUGAAAGCGACCAACCAAGCGAUAUUCCUUGUGGCCCCAAAACUCCACUUUCUUCGCUUCGUAUGCUCAUUUCUACGGAACCAUCUCCACUCUUAGCUGUUCAUUUGGUUGAUAUCAUAUAUAGUUACUGCUUCACGCUUCGUGUCUACAAUGGAGAUUGGCAAUCGGAUGCUGUAGGAUCAGCAAUGGUGGUAUUGAGUAUAUCAUCUGUAUUAGGUCAAGCUGGACAGCCCGAGACUGUGCAGGAAGCUCUGUGUUAUUGCUUGGAGCAAACCUGCUCUCCGGCUUACCGGCACAUCGGUGGUUUGCAAUUUGGAUUGGCACUUGUUGAUGACAUAACAAACCUACUUUCCCUUGGAAGUCCUGCGUUGAUCUGUAUGCUUUGUGAUCUACAAAGGAUGAUUAUGGCUGCGGGAAGGGAGUUGAAAUCCGAGAAACAAAGAAAGCUGAGGAAGUCCGAAACGAAAAGCAAGCUGAAACUUGCUGAGAGGAAGGUUUAUUUCAUAAUGUGUUGGGUUCAUGAGCAACCGAACAAAGCAUUGUCUUCUUUGGCAGCCAUUGUGAGUGCAGAAAAGAGUUCAUUGAUGGAAUAUGGAGGCAAUAAAAGUUUUUCCAGAACAGAGAAGAAUGUAGCAGGAAACAAGGACAAAGCCUUGAUAGAGGAAAUGUAAGGGUGUUAGUUGCUAAAAUAACCCCUUUUUUUUAAUAAUUUUCAAUAUGGGAAUUUUGUUGUACAUGUACAUGAACAUUUCUGAUGUAUAUUUAAUUCAUAUCUUAGAGGGAUACUAACUAAAA